AAUAUUUCUUCGGUGAUGGGAGUUUACGGGUGGAACAGCUCACAGAGACGCGGGGAGAACAGGAGGGAAUUUGCUUUCCUUGCUUUUGUGUCUACACUGGGGAUUUAGCACGGGCUGAGAAACUUUGGGCAGGGCUGCUCGUUAAGGGUGCCAUUUUUGGAAUAGCAAAUGAACAAAUACUACCUAGCUCCCUGCCCACGCUAUACGCCCGCCAUCCCCCAGAAGGAACAACAGCUCGGUGCUGGUGAUUUCGGGGGAGAUCUACAUAGAUCCAAGACAGGUGCCCACUUCUGUCCGUCAAGACAGGACAAUAAGAAAGUGUCCUGUUGUUACCGCACUGCUCUGUUAGGCAAGGUUGGAGGUGGGCUGUGGAGUGGCUUAUGCUUGUUUGCCUUCUUUUGCUUCCUGGGGCAGAACUAGGCCUGGGUAUUGAAAAACCAAACAAGAUUCAAAAGUACUGCCAAGUGGCAUGCAAGUUGCAGGAUCAUUAUAUUUGCCUUCUUCAGCAGCAUCAAGGGAAACUACUUGAAGGUGGGAUGGAUCCUUUGCGGGCGCAGCAGCUGGCAGCUGAACUGGAAGUGGAGAUGAUGGCUGAUAUGUACAACAGAAUGACCAAUGCCUGCCAUCGCAAGUGUGUGCCCCCACACUACAAGGAAGCUGAGCUCUCAAAGGGGGAGUCUGUGUGCCUGGAUCGUUGCGUCUCCAAGUAUUUGGACAUCCAUGAGCGCAUGGGCAAGAAAUUGACAGAGCUUUCAAUGCAGGAUGAGGAGCUGAUGAAAAGGAUGCAGCAAGGGGCAGGGCCAGCAUAAAGUGCCAGCCUUGCAUAAUGGACAGCAUGCUCGUUUGCUCCUCCUGCCCCUCCCAGCAUGGCUGGACUACAUGUUUUUGCCAAUAAACACCAAAAUUAUAUUA